CUUGCAUGAGGAAAUAUAAAUGGAUAUGAGAACCAUCAAAAGUUUUCUAAAUCACAAUAUCUGCUUAACUUGCUAUAUCACCAUAUGAUUUCAAGACCAGCAAAUUUGCAAUACUUGCUUGAGUUUGCCUCAGUUUUUUUCAGUUUUCAAAAUGACAGUGCCAACUUCACUACGGAUAUUACGCUGCCUCACCAACACACCAGUGUUUCAGGGGCAGGGCAAAAGGCAUUCACUGGCUUGGCUUUUUAAUUUUCUUGUAAGUAGUCUCUUGUAAAUAGUAAUCUCUCUCUCUCUUUUUCUCUCUCUGUCUCUUUCUAGUAUGUCUGUUAUGUUUACAGUUUUACAUACAUUUUCUAUUUAUGUAAUUAUCUUUAAGGCUGCAAAAAUAUGACGAAGAAAGAAGAAAGAUGACGAGAUGGUUAAAUGUUUUCAUAAUAUAAUUCUUGGAUGUGCAAGUAUAAUACUAUUCUUGAAUGCGCAGGUAUAAUAUUAUACUAGAAUCAGAAUGAGAUUGUGUUCAUGUUUGGCAGUGUGUGUGUGUGUGUGUGUGUGUGUGUGUGUGUGUGUGUGUGUGUGUGUGUGUGUCACACAACAGACAGACCUUUUCAAAGUGGCAAGUUUAAUGUGACAGAAGGAUAAGACUCAGAGAAACCGGGAGUCCAGCUUUCCUCUGCAGAUGGAUUUCUGCAAGAUGAAAAAAAACUUGUGGCGGGAAACUGGCAUGUCACAGAAUUUUUUUUUAUUUUUAACAGAUUGUGGUUUUGGGCGAUGGCUGUUUUUUCUCACAAUGAAACCGAGAAAAGCUUACAGGCUGUGGUUGGCAUUUGCCCUCAUCUUCCUUAGCAUAUAUAUACGGCUACAGCCCAUUUCUGUGAAGCUUAAGCUGACAGGAAACAGCCAUGGUUGGCAUGGGAACAUAUCUAUCCUGCUGUGGCACUGGCCAUUCAACAUCUCCUACCCGUUGGAGGGCAACGUCUGCCUCAACAAGUACGGAAUCCCUCGGUGCCUACUCACAGCCAACCGCUCGCAAUUCAGCCAGGCAGAUGUUGUAGUUUUUCAUCAUCACGAGCUGAAAUACGCGCAUCAGAAACUUCCACUGCACCUGCGCCGCCCGUGGGGCCAGAAGUGGGUGUGGUUGUCGCUAGAACCUCCGGCAGUGAACCAAAACGUUAGUGGGUACAAUCAUCUGUUCAAUUGGACCAUGAGCUAUCGGCGGGAUGCGGAUAUCUUCUUGCCCUAUGGUUCGAUGAUUCAAAAAAGGACAAACGAAACCUUCCACAUCCCAGAGAAGAGCUCGUGUCUUGCCUGUUGGGUGGUCAGCAACUACAAGAAUGAACACAAUAGAUCCAAGGUGUACCAUCAACUGCGUAAGCACAUUCCCAUUGCACGCUAUGGCAAGGCAAACAGAAGGCCUUUGGGUAAAGAGCAUCUGCUGCCCAUUAUUGGCCGCUGUCAUUUUUACCUGGCCUUUGAGAACUCCAUCGCUAAAGACUACAUCACAGAGAAGCUGUGGAGGAACGCCUUCCAGGCAGGAACAGUACCCGUGGUUUUGGGACCACCUCGGUCUAACUACGAGGAGUUUGUGCCCCCUGAUUCUUUCAUCCAUGUUGAUGACUUCAAAAGCAUUAGCGAGCUGGCAUCCAAACUCAAGAAGCUGGCUAGCAACAGGACCCAGUAUCAAUUGUACUUCAAGUGGCAUAAAGAUCAUGCAGUCCACAUCUUCUCAGACUGGAGAGAAAGGCUCUGUCAAAUCUGUAAAAAGUACAAUGAGCUCCCCUCACUCAAUGUCCACCAUGACUUACAAGGUUGGGCAAUGAGAUGAUUUGAAUUAAAUCAAUGACUCAUUUGCACACACCACUGUGGAGUGGCAAACAAGGGUUUCACAUGGAAUACAUAGAGAUAGAUUGAUCACAUAAAGAUUUAGGUUUCAUUUGUCAAUUUGACUUAAUAAAUAGAAUACUAUUGAAAAUCUAUACAUUACUGUA